CCCCGAUCUCCGUCUUCCUUCCUGUGGCCGCCGCCGUCCCUCUCCGUUCUCCCUUAUAAACCGCCUCACCAAACCCGACGGAUGGGGUGGUGCUCCCCGUCCACUCCCCGGCAGCUCCUCUCCACGGCCUCCCUCUUCGCCCUCGGCGCGGGCCUCCUCGCCUACGGCAUCCACCUCUCCUACGUCAACAUCGAACCCCAGCGCGCGCGCACGCUCGCUCGCGACCAGUUCGUCCGCGACUACCUCCGCAAGAAGCACGACAAGUAGCCCGCCCCCGGGCCCCGGCCCGACGCGCCCGAUCGCUCAGUACUCUGAGACGAUGGCGGCCCUGGCUCCAGCGAGCUCGGGCGGUGAGUCCGUUAUCGCGGAGGUGGAGAUGAACGCCGGCACCGAUCAGGACGCCGGCACUGUUCGGGUCACCGUCGUGCAGGCGGCGUCCGUGUUCUACGACACCCCUGCCACUCUCGAUAAAGCAGAAAAAUUGAUGGCGGAGGCAGCUGGAUAUGGUUCACAGUUGGUUUUAUUUCCAGAAGUCUUCAUUGGUGGCUAUCCUCAUGGGGCUACCUUUGGACUCGUUGUUGGCAAUCGCACUGCCAAGGGAAAGGAAGACUUUCGGAAGUAUCAUGCAUCAGCCGUAGAUGUGCCUGGCCCAGAAGUAUCCCGCUUAGCUGCAUUAGCUGGAAAAUAUAAGAUUUUUUUGGUGAUAGGGGUGGUUGAAAGGUCAGGAUACACACUUUACAAUACAGUGCUCACCUUUGAUCCCCUGGGAAAAUACCUAGGGAAGCACCGUAAGCUCAUGCCUACCGCACUGGAACGAGUAUUUUGGGGGUUUGGAGAUGGAUCUACAAUACCUGUCUAUGAUACUCCUCUUGGAAAAAUCGGUGCCCUCAUUUGCUGGGAAAACAGAAUGCCACUUCUCAGGACCGCCAUGUAUGCUAAAGGUGUUCAGAUAUAUUGUGCUCCCACUGUUGAUUGCGUGACAAGUUGGCAGGCUUCUGUGACACAUAUUGCCCUUGAAGGGGGAUGCUUCGUGCUGUCAGCAGUGCCGUUCACCCGCAGAAAGGACUAUCCUCCCCCUCCCGAGUAUACAUUUGGUAGCCUAGAGGAAGAGCCAUCCCCGGAAUCUGUUGUUUGUUGUGGAGGGAGUGUCAUCAUUUCACCAUCUGGAACAGUGUUGGCAGGUCCCAACUAUGAAGGCGAGGCCCUCCUCACAGCUGACCUGGACCUUGGAGAGAUCGUUCGAGCCAAGUUUGAUUUCGACGUGGUGGGCCACUACUCGCGACCAGAGGUGCUGAGUUUGGUGGUGAAUACCGAUCCAAAAUCUGCUGUCUCCUUCGCUUCCGACGCAGAGAAGACUUUUGCUGGAAAGAGGGAUGACGUUUCGAAGACCUAAUGACCACACAUCUUUAAUCGCCUUAUACAACAAAUUGCAAGUGGCCAUUGCAUCACAAUAAUUGUGGGCUUUCUGUUGUACGUUUGCGAAUAAACUGUUAUGUUCAGGACGGUGGAUCUUAUCCUAAGGUCUGGCUUAAAAGUCAUGUCUAUUUUCUGGCGCUGUCGCUUCGUGAAAAUCGGGACAAAGAAGUCCCAUCGUCUUCGUGCC